CUGUGCAUUUUACAACGAAUUCCCCUCACAAUUCACCAACCAAAUGUUAACAAGAUAGAACAGUUCUGUACCAAUACUGUCGCAAAGCCUGACAAGAGAAGAACUAUAGUUGGUGUGUUGCAUCAGGAACGUACGUUAAUUUGCCCACUUCCAGAGCCAAUGAAACGGCACAAUUCAAUGCAGCAGAAAUAUUUCCUCAUAAGCUGCCAUCUCUUCAAAAAUAAAUACUUUGUGUGUACUCUGAACACAGAUGACUCCAGUAGCGAUAAUAUUGUUGAACCAGAGUUCUUUGCCAAAAUCAACUCUCCCACCCAUCCACACUGUCUGCAGUUCCGCAAGCGUUUUGCCAUCACAAUUGAUCCACACGUUGACAUGGAUAUAGCGUUCACGUUGGUGGUGCACAAGGACCUGGGUCAAAUUGCUCGACUCCUUCGAAUGAUUUACAGACAAAACAACUACUACUGCAUUCAUGCUGACAGGCGUUCAGACUGCUUAUUCAUAGAGGCCCUGCGUGGUGUGGCGACGUGUUUUGGUGCCAACGUGGAAUUAGUUCCAAAUGAAGAGCGCGUGGCAGUACAUUGGGGUUACGAGUCAGUCCUGAUUCCACAAAUUACCUGUGCGAAACAGGCGUUGAUGAAUCACGCUACGUGGAAGUACCUGGUGAAUUUGGUUGGGCAGGAUUUCCCACUGCGAACGAACAUGGAGCUGGUGGCUGCACUGAAAGCACUCAAUGGAUCCAAUCUCGUUGAAUCUGUCGAACUGGGCAGAUUUGCGUGGCGGACACAUAAGAGGCUGCUGCCAUUAGGGGUGAGUGCUCAAUCUAUGGUGCAUUUCGAAGAGAAUUUCUACACGAAGCAGUCAUGGGAACAGCUGUCCGUCCCA